UGUCAAAGUCAAAACAAAACGUUAAGCUAUACGAGUGUACGAGUAUUUGGUAAACAUUGCCAAAAUAUUGCAUUUUACUUGCGAAUUGUAAUGAAACUAGCACGAUGAACGUGUUUCCAAUAACCGAUAUCCCGGAGUUCUCCAAGAAGAAACGUAUCGUGGUGGUCGGCGUUAUUGGGAAGUCGCCGUAUCGGUACCCAAACAAAGCAACCCCACUUGUACCCUCCGCACAAUCCGCAGAAAACGGAAUAGAAUGUCACUGGGAUGAACGUCGCUCCAUCCUCUACUUACACGCUGUAACAUACCUUGACACAAAAAGACUGACAACCCUCGCAGCUUCUCUAAAUGAGGAGGCUGAGAGUGAAGACCAGGAGGCUGAUGCCGCAAACUGGUUGGUGGCCUCAGGAGAGCUGGCUGCAGAGUCCUGCAAGGCUAUAGCUCUGCUGUUCCACUUGUGUCACAUUGUUGUUCUGUCUUCUCCAACAUCAGUGUUUGAUCUCGGAUACCUGCAGCUGUUUAAAGCUAUUGAUGCUUAUAGAACAGAACAAAUAGGGCGCAGUACAGAAGCGUUACUGAACAUAAAAGCGACGGGUGCGUGGGAGUCACACGGGCGGUGUUGUUGCCCUCGCCUGCUGUUCCACUUCCGCCGCGCCCCCAACCCUGUGAAGAAGGUACCGGCUGCACUGAAGAGAUUAGAACAUGCUGUGGAGGAUCAAUUGUACUUCAUACUUAGGAAAGCCCGGAUUAUUACCAAUGUUUGUGCCAAGUCCCUGUUCGCGAUACCAAAGAACGAAGAGUUUGUAUACAUAAGCGGUGACGAAGAGAGCACGAGUGCGCGCGAAGUGAGCGCACUGGUCCGUGGUUUGGUCGCGCGAUGCAACUCGAUACCGGACACUCCGCCGCCGCGUCCCACCUUCCGCCAGUUCCUACAGACGCACAUAGACAUGGCCUUCGGAGAAGGAUUCGAUGAUAACGUCGGGAAAUAUGCUAUGAGCACGUCGUUCUUUGAGCUACCGAGUGCUCCAGCAUGGCGUGCGGCUGCGCAGGCGCUGUCGGCAGUGUACCUGGCGCCAGUUGCGCGGGCGCAGGACGAGCCCGCCUCCCUAGCACUAUACGACGCACUCGCCACUGACGUACGAUUCUCCCAAGCCAGAUGCGCCAAGGUGUUGCCUAUAGCACAGGCAUCAUACGCGGAAGGUUUACCUGCUCAUUACUCCAGCCAACAUCAUGCACAUAAGGUUAGUUUAGCACUGGGCGUGCUGGACAGCAUGGCGCGGGGUCCGCUAGCCCGCGGGGCCCGCGCCCGGCUCAGCGCCGCCUGCACCGCCAUCUGGCGCACGCGCAGCCUGUGCGAGGCACUCUCUCUAACGGGCCACGUCUGCAUCGAGCCCGAGCAUGACAGUAGCAAGGAGCACUCGUCGGGCGUGCGCUACAUAUCGGCGUGCAACUGCGGGCGCUGCAAGUGGUCCCGCGAGGACCCGUACUCGCUGCGGCGCGCCAACUGCACCUUCUACACGGAGGCCGCCGAGGAGUGCGGCGUCUGCCCCACUCUGCAGACCAUCGACUUCCCCGUCUUCCAGCCCUCUACGCCCUCUUACAAAGCGGCGGCCCUAAAGGAAGCGGAGGAAGCCGCAGAACGCUCGGCGCCGCGUCGGUCGCCGGCGGGGUCGGGCGUGUCGCCCGCGUCGGCCGCGUCGGCCGCGUCGCCCGACAACAACUGGUCCGCGCCCGACGCGCUGUCGCCCGGCUCCGCGCACGACGAGGAAGACGACGACAAGUCGCACGACUCGGACCGAUACGUCGUGCCCGUUAGAGGCGAUGCCGCGACUGAAAAGAUAAUGAGUCGCCAGCCAUCGACGACGGAGUACCUGCCAGGCAUGCUGCACCUGGGCAGCCCGGCGGGGCUGCUGCCGGCCUUCGCGAGCUGGUCGCUGGUGUGCCUGGGCGCGUCCAGCCUGUACUCGCACGCGCUGGGCCUGCCCGAGCACCUGCAGCCCGGCUUCCUGCCACACACCAACUAUCUGCUGCCCUGGGACUGCGCCGUAAGGCUGGAGUCAAUGAGCGGGUGGCGGGUGUCGGGCCCCACUCGCGGCCGCGGCAAGAUCGCACCGCACCAUCACCUCACGGUCAAGAUAUUCAUCGGAUUCGAGUACGAGUGCCCUAGGGGUCACAGGUUCAUGAUGUCGUCCCCGGACACGGUGGUGUCGGGCGGCGGGGGCGCGCUGGGGCGCGAGGCGGGCGCGGCGGGGGCGCGGCUGGCGGGCGCGGACAUGCCGCUGUACACGCCCUGCGUGUGCCGCGCCGCGCCCGCGCCCGCGCCCCCCGCCGCCUCGCUGGCGCAACUCACGCGCCUACACGUCGUCACGCCUAAGGCGCCCGUACACGUCACUCUAGACCCUAAGGUCCAACCAACACCAGGAGGACCGAUCUUCGUCCCGCAACCGGCGGGCUCCCCACCCAUCAAGUUGUCAGCCUCAGCGUACUGGGUGCUGCGCCUCCCAUACAUGUACUCGGACGAGAGGGGCUGCCUCCCGCGGCCCAGGCCCGGAGCCCCCCUCCAGCCAGGCACCAUCAUAGCCCCACUCUUCGGCCUACAGGACUAACACAACCCCUGGGCCCAGAAGACCCCGAAAAAACUCUCAAAGACAGCCAAACGAAGAGCGCAACGAAUGAAGCAAUCCAACCAACUGAACGACACCGAACAAGGCUUGUAAUUCAAUUUUGGACCUUACUGACUUUUACAUAGAGUUCAUAAUGAUAUUUAUGUUGCAGAAGUGCGUUUUUGACGUUUCUAUCAGUGUUAGUUGGUAGAUAAAAAAAACUAAUUAAUUGAAAUACAAUUUACUAGAUGUUUUUGUACCAUUUAGCAAGAGAAUUGAUGUUGUCUACAAUAAAUAAAUGUCUAAGAUUUGCAAAUAAAUAUUUCUAGAAAUCUCCAAAAAUAAGUAAAUUUAAUAAAUAAAUAGCAACCGAUAUACAUGAAAAUAUAUAUAGCUGUGUGUCGAAUACGUCUAGUUAAUCACUAAUAGACCUAUUACACAAAUUAAAAAAAUAUCUCAACCUCUCUGAAAUUAGUAGUUUUACCGAAAGAGCAGGACAAACACGUCUGAAUUGUUGUCUAUAAUAUGUAGCUCUAUGUCUAGUAUCGAUAAAUAAUCAUUCAGUAAAAAACUAACAUAACUAUUAUGACUUUAUUACCAAAAAUCACAACAGGCAACAAAAGUAUAAUAAAUACUGAGGGAAGAACUAAUAUAAAUAAUAAAAAAACUAAACAUUGUCUCAAUGCCAGCGAUAAAUAAACCUUAUAACAAUCUAGAUAUAGUCUAGUUUCCACAAAUGUAUGCACUACAGACUACAUUGUAGGAAUGGGUGCCGAUAUCGAAUAUCGAUGUAUUUAAUAAAACAUUUUAUAAUUAAACAGAAACUAGUCAUAAAAUGGAAGAAAUAUAGUUUUAUUUUUAUUAAAAUUAAAAGUAAUAGUUAAAUAAAUGAUAAUAUAUGCGUCCUAACAAGUUUCUUAUGUGUGUCGUUAUUUAUAAAUUUUAUGGAUAUAAAAAAAAGAAUGUAACGGUUGCGCUAAACGUUCAAAAAUAUGAAUCGGGAAGUUGUAUUUACUUGAAAAAAAAGGUAAAAUAAAGAAAUGUGUAACAACGCCAUCUAUCGAGUUAGAUGGUGAACUAUAAUAACCUAAAUAAAUGAGAUGAAAAAGAAUGACUGAAAAUGUAAUGGAAUUUCGAAUUAUUAUAUAUUUUUUAUCCCGCUCCCUUUUUGUAAUGAAAACCGCGGGCUAUAAGCUAGUAUAUGUGAAUUAUUGACGUGACUAUUGUAAUAAAAUAGUCUUAAAUUAUUAUAAAAAUAUUAUUCCAGUAAAUAAAGUAAGCUGUGCAUUUAAAAUAAAUAAAACAACCGAUGGAUGUUACUUUUGUUUGAAUACAGAUUGCAAAUAAAUAUUUUUGUCUUGGAAA